AUGCGUCGCAUCCCACAGCGUGCUAGACUAGGGGUGCUUGAUGCACUAUCUUGUGUCCUGAAGCGGCUACAGACAAAGGCAGCAGACGAGGCGGCAUCCUUGGUGUUUUUGGCCUUCCCUCGUCUUUUCUUGGGGAUUCCAACCGGGCAAGGCCAGGGGCACAGGGCAGCAAUCAGGGAGCGGUUGGAGAAGUUUUGGGCUGGGGAGUGGCGGGAGCUGUUUGAGUUGGCGGUGGCGGCGAUGCAACCUGCGGCUCUGCGCCUGGCUCGCUGCCGCACAAGGUGCAAAGUGGGAGAAUGGAGUCGGGGUUUGGCGUGCCUUACGGCUGGUAGCAUCGCUCAGCCCUCUCAGCACAUGGUGGACGCGCUACGAGCGAAACACCCAUCGAGCAAGACCGCCAUUCCGGAGUGGGUGCAGGAGGAGACAGUUGAGCCUUCCCUUAUCCCACAGCUCUCAGUGGAGGUACUUAGUCUGGCGAUCCACUUUGCGGCUAGGGCGUCGGCACCAGGACCGUCGGGGUGGGCGACUGAGCACCUGCGUGACACUUUUCUCUCUGAGCCCGCAUACCUGCCUCACCUGCUAGGGGUCUUCACCCAGUGGACCAAGGGAGAGGUAGCGGAGCGCGUGCGACCCUGGCUCACUGCGUCCAACCUUGUGGGCCUGUCGAAGCCGAAUGGUGACGUUCGCCCGGUGGCUAUAGGCGAGGUGCUCCCCCGCAUACUAUCUCGGGCCCUGUGCAUCGUGCUUCGGCCGAAGAUGAUAUCGCACUUUGCGCCGUGUAACCAGCUUGGAGUCGGAUCCAGGUCGGGAGUGGAAGUCCUCGCACAUGCCUUUCGUUCUGCCAUCUCUACUCACCCGUCAUGGUGUGCACCACAAAUUGACGUGGCGAACGCUUUCAACUCCUUCCAUCUGCAGGAAAUGUUUGAAGGUCUUCGACAGUCGUCUUUCGCGGGAUUGAUCCCAUUUCUGCGUGUCUUCUACGGCACUCCUAGCGACCUCUAUCUCCGUGCGGGCCCCUUCGUCGAAGCUUUGGCUUCCGAGCGGGGCUCGAGGCAAGGGGACCCAUUGGGACCAUUUCUGUUCGCGUUCACACAGCAGCUGGUUAUGGAACCAACCAAACAAGAAUUCGCCGACCUACUCUUUCUCAGCUACGCCGAUGAUACGUACAUCUUGGGGCCUAUGGAGCGGAUGUUAGCAGCCUAUGAGGUCUUGCGGGAACAAUUGGACGGGCUUGGUAUGGAGGUGCAGCCGCAUAAGUGCAAGCUAUGGGAGCGAGGGGUGGACCAGGAGGGAGAGAAGAGGAACGAGACUGUCCCGCCCGGCAUGCAGCAGACAUGGACGGGGCUCACCGUAGUAGGGGUUCCUAUUGGGGAGGAGGAGUGGGAGGUGGCUAGCCUGCGAGGCCGGCUGACGCAGCUGCAUGCACCUGUAGUGAGCGAUGUGGCUCGGAUGGGGGUGGCAGGGGAGGAGCGGAUGUUUGAGGAGUUUUUCCGCACGCCCGAGGCUACGACCUUGCUGGAUCCUUGGUUUGCGAGAGCAGUCGAGCUGCUUCUACAGUCGGUCAGGCAGGAGAUGCCACCCCUUGCCUUGUGCACCGCUGACCCCCCUGUGCUGCUUUUACCCACACAACACCGUCGCCUAGCGGUUGAGAGUCUGCAGACACUUCGGGGGGCGUGGGUCUACACCGUUCCUUCACACAAAGAGGCUACCUUCACCGCAGCCGAGUGGAGCAUCUGCGCGUCCAUGCGCCUAGGCCUCCCCAUACAGCAGCUGAUAGUCGCCGGGAAGUGCGCGUGUGGGUUUAAGUUUGCUGAUCCCUCUGACCCGCAUCAUGCCCUUCGCUGCAAGUAUCAGUAUGCACCUUCUCGUGUUCACGAUGCGGUUAAGUUUGUGGUGGCGAAGAUAGCUAAAGGGGCGGGUGGGGUUGUGACCAUGGAAGACGAUACGUUGCUGCCAGGGAAGAGGGUGGAUGUGGCGGUUCAGAGACUGAGGGAGGGGGAGGAGCAUGCGCUGGAGGUUAGUGUGGUGGACCCUAUCUCGUUGUCGGCGGCGGUCUACAAAUUGCUUCUGCAACGGCAUAGGGGAGUGCAGUUUACACCUCUCAUUUCUGAGACAUGGGGUUGCCUGGGGGGGAGUUUUGGGCGGUGGUUUAAGAAACAGGGCGACGCGCAGAUUGAGGUAGCGAAGACGAAAGGGGCGACGAGAGCUACGGGAAAAUGUUUCUCGUCUUACUUGCUUGGAUCACUUAAAGCGGCCAUAUGUGUGGCUUUGCAGCGAGCUCAGGCGCGUGUGAUCUUGUUACGCGCGGCGUCGAUGAUGAGAGGCCCAGAGGCUGUUUGGGUGGAGCGGGAGGAUGUUGAGGAGGAGAUGGGAUGGGAUGCUCCGUGGGCGGAUGCGCCCUAUUUGGUGGACAUGCGGGUUUAG